AUGUCUUUCCCAGCUUUCACGGCCCAGAUGUCCAUAGAGGAUUUCUCCGUCACUUACAAAAUCACUUUGAUAGCGAGGGAAUCACAACAUUCAAGGAUCAGGAGCAAAGCUUUGGCUGAUGUCGCAAACGUUGAAGAAGAUUCUCGCUAUUGGGCUAACGAAGGAGAAAUGAUCCAAAAGAUUGGUACAGAUGUUUCCAAGAAACUGAAGUCAACCGGAACCGCGCAAAGUAAUCACUCGGCGCCCAAGGCCGCACGCAUCAGCCGACCAAGGAACCAUCAUCCCGUGGUCGACCCGCGCAGCACACCAUACUUAUCCAGCAUAGCGCGCGACCAAGCACACGAACCGAACCGGGAAGAAAAUCUACACGGUCGCCCCACUUCCACUCAGCACUCAGCAACGCGCACGACCGCAUCGUCUGAACCGGGAAGCAUCGCCCCGCGGUCGACCUGCCCGCUUCCCAGAAUCCGCGUACCGCGCACGACCGCAAUGUCAGACCCAACCGACCGUUCGAACGGUCUGGUCGACCCAAGCCCGUUUUUUAAGCCUGUUUCACAUGUUUUCACGGCCGAAACGAAGCUUCGGAAGUUUGGCCGCGCGCGGAGGAGUUCCCGACGUCCAAAAGUUACGAUCUUGAUAUGGAAAGAUAGAUACUUGAGUCAUGCAUCACGUCGAAGUGGAAUGAAGCCAUUUGGAUCAACUAUGAGGCCUAGACUUAUUUUCUACCGAGACAUGUCCGGUAAGCGAGUAAACGAAGCCCAUGGAGGAUUUGGAGUGUCUAAUGGCCCGAGCAGCAGCGCCAAAGGCCUUGAUCGAAUAGAGAAGAGGCCUGGCUAA